GUCCACACGUAUCGUUGCCGCUCGAAGUUCGCGCGCGAGUAACAGCGAGCAUGCUCGCCCGAGCGCUGGCCCUGCUCGCCACCGCGGCCCUGGCUCUCGCGGCCGGCCCCCCGGACCCCUGCUACGAGGACGGGCGCCCGCGCCGCUGCAUUCCGGACUUCGUCAACGCCGCCUUCGGCGCCCCCGUCGCCGCCUCGUCCGCGUGCGGCCGCCGCGGGCCCGAGCGGCUGUGCGACCCGCCCGGCGACCUGCCACCCGACGCCGCCUGCCGCGUGUGCGACGCCGCGCGCUCCGACCGCCGCCACCCCCCCGCGCACCUCACCGACCUCAACAACCCGCCCGACGUCACCUGCUGGCGCUCCGCCGCGCUGCCGCCCGCCACCUCCGACUCGCCGCCCGACAACGUCUCGCUCACCCUCUCCCUCGGCAAGAAGUACGAGCUGACGUACGUGAGCCUGCAGUUCUGCCCGAAGGCGGCGCGCCCCGACUCGGUGGCGAUCUACAAGAGCGCGGACUACGGGGCGACCUGGCAGCCGUUCCAGUUCUACUCGAGCCAGUGCCGGCGCGUGUACGGGCGGCCGAACCGCGCGACGGUGACGACGGCCAACGAGCAGGAGGCGCGCUGCUCCGACUCGCACCGCCCGGAGGGGCCGGGCGCGGGCGCGGGCCGGCUGGCCUUCAGCACGCUGGAGGGCCGGCCGAGCGCGGCCAACUUCGACGUGUCGCCGGUACUGCAGGACUGGGUGACGGCGACGGACGUGCGCGUGGUGUUCAACCGCCUGCACAUGGGCGAGGGCGCGCCGGGCUCGCAGGCGGCGGCCGGCUCGCAGCACUACGCGGUGUCGGACUUCGCGGUGGGCGGGCGCUGCAAGUGCAACGGGCACGCGUCGCGCUGCGUCGCCGGCGACGGCGGCCAGCUGGCCUGCGACUGCCGCCACAACACCGCCGGCCGCGACUGCGAGCGCUGCAAGCCCUUCCACUUCGACCGCCCCUGGGGACGCGCUACGGCGAGAGAUGCCAACGAGUGCAAAGAAUGCAACUGCAACGGCCACGCGCGUCGCUGCCGGUUCAACAUGGAGCUGUACAAGCUGUCGGGGCGGGCGAGCGGCGGGGUGUGCCUCAAGUGCCGCCAUUACACCGCCGGGAGACACUGCCACUACUGCCGGGAGGGGUACUACAGGGACCCUACCAAGCCCAUCACGCAUAAGAAGGCGUGCAAGCCAUGUGACUGCCAUCCCGUGGGCGCGAGCGGGAAGACCUGCAACCAGACGAGCGGGCAAUGCCCCUGCAAGGACGGAGUGACCGGCACCACCUGCAACCGCUGCGCGAAGGGCUACCAGCAAUCCAGGAGCCAUAUAGCGCCGUGUAUCCGAAUACCCCGAGUGGUGACCGCUGUGCAGGCAAUGGAGGCGGUGGACGCGGAGCCGGGCCGCGCGGCGGAUCAGUGCGGGCGGUGUCGCGCGGGCGCUCGCACUCUCAAUCUCAACAAGUUCUGCAGCCGCGACUACGUCAUAAUGGGUCGCGUGGUGGAGCGCGAGGCAGCGGCGGCGGCGGGCGGCGGAUGGGUGCGUCUCGGGCUGUCCGUGCAGGCGGUGUACAAGCGCGGACCCCGCAGUCGCCUGCGCCGCGGCCCCGCGCCGCUCUACGUGCGGGCCGCAGACCUCGCCUGCAAGUGUCCCAAGAUCAAGAUUAAUAAGUCCUACUUAAUAUUAGGAGUGGAAAAAGAAGGAGCAUCAACUGGUCUGCCGGGGCUGACGGUCGGGGAAAGGACCUUGCUGCUGGAGUGGAGGGACGACUGGCAUCGGCGCAUCCGGCGCCUGCAGCGGCGCGCUGUCAACUGUCACUAAGCGUCGCCAUCUUGGAAAACAUCGAGCAAAGGAAUCGCGGUAUUCAGCCACAAUGAAAAUAUAUACAGUAGAUAAUGAUACUGGAUUGCUUGAGUCGGUGCACACAUAUUAAUAUUUUCAUGUAAUUUAGAGAUGAAAACAAUGAAAAACUUGUCUUUGUUGAGUGAGUUUGAUUUCAAGGCUGAGUUCUACUGUAUAUAUUUAUGUUGUGGUUCAGCCGACAGGGCCUACUCAAAAGUCUGUAAGGUAAAUCCGUCUAUGUUCCGUGCAUAAUACUGCCAUUUACGACUAUUAUGGAUACAUAUAAGAUAAAAUAUAAUGGACUAUUUUAUGAGAAGGAAUAUUAACCUUACCUGAAAACUUACAUAACACACCUACUUACUCGUUAUAAUUUGUUGUAACAAGGACUGUAUGUUUUGUUAGGAGUUGCCAGUUGUUAAAGGAUUGCUUCUUAUUUUGCAUCUGGCAACUAAUCUUAGAUUAUUAUUUAUUUAUAUAUUUAUGGUAGACAUAACAUUUCGUUCCAUUUCAAUGCAUUUUGUAUAAUUGUUAGUUUGUAAUAAAUUUUCGCCUGUUUAACUUGUUUUAAGUAGAUACAGGUCGAUCUUCCGUUUCUAUUUUGUAGAGCGGUAUUAUUGAAAAACUGCACCCUAAAGUACCGCUUUUCGGGGUAAUAGUUGGCGACAGGCAACACUGACGCCAAGUCCCGGGACGUCAAAAAUUUUUGCGCGCCAUUUUUGACAAUUUGAUAUUUUUAUUGUAUUAUGAUUAUAGACGUAGUUAGGUUACGACUUACGGUAUAAUUCAUCUUCACAAAACAUAGUCAUAAUAUUUUAACGUACCUCAUUUAGUAAGAAAGCUUAACGUUAAGACUUUAAUAUUUGUGUAUAGCUCCUUCAUUUAUUUUAGUUUUUUUUAUGGCAACCAUAGAAUUUAAGCCUGGGCUGCAUUUUCUAAUUCUGUAUUUUCGUAUUCCGUAAUCUUCAGUUAACAAAAUCUGUUGUAAAGUCCAGUUUUAAAAAAUAUAAUAUUCUUGCCAAAGUAAGUGUUUAAGAAGUAAUCCCUAAUAUUAAUUAAUUUUUAAUCGUCUUAAAUAUUCAUAACUUAAUAAAAAGUUUGUACAGUAUUAUUAGCUUUACUGAAACAUUAAUUAUAACAAUAUUUUUUACCAGUUAUAGGUAGGUAAGUACCACUAUUUGAAUACCACAGUUAAUGUUGACAGAAUUAUGUAUUUUUGGAGUAAAAACCUUAAGCUCUCAAAUUCUGUAAGAAGGUGCAGUAAUGUAUUGCAAGAAACAACUAUAAUGUCUGACAAUUAAUGACAAUGUAAACUUUGUUGAUAGUACAUCCGGAUACUAAUAAAUCUUGAGAGAAAAGUUGACAAGAUAGUUUAUCAAUAUUAAGAAGUAUUGAUACUCGGUCGAACAAUAUAAGUGAUCAGAUUAAAGUACACUCGUGUAAUCAAGCACAAUUGAGCUGUCAAAAUCGAACGCGAUUGUACAGUUAGAGACACAAUAGCUUAAAUCAUCUCUCAGCACGAUAGAACAAUUUACAAUAAUCUAUUGUCAGUAUUUGCGCCAACAGCCAAGAGGAGGCGUAAUCGUUUUACGUAGGACGUACAAAAAGAUAAGCUCGAAAUUUCUAUCAGCAAAUUACUUAAAUUUCCUAUCGUUUAUCAUCCAUUCACAUUACGAUUUCUAUUUCACAUGACUUGUCGUGGCCGCUACUGUGCCCCCACCUACAACUGGUAAACAAUAUUAUUUAGAUGGUAUUUAUGUGACUUAGAAGUCUCGCUUGAAUGUACUAAGAUUUGUAAAAAGUGUAUUUAGUUGUAGAAUCAAUUUAUUAACCUGUUUCUAGUUAUGCAUAUCUUUAGAUUUCGUAAAUUAUAUAAUCGUGUGCUUAAUUAAUUUGAAUGUGUGUGUAAUAGAGAUUUGUCAUUUCUAACCAGCCCUAAAAAUUGGUAUUAUCUCAAUAUUAAAUAUUUUACAAAUCCCGUCAAAAAAGCCUUCAUGGAAAAAUAAAAAUUCUAUAGUUAAUCACUUUUACCUCUGUCUGCAUUAUAACGAAGAGAACGAAACAAGACGUGUUAUUGUGACUGUCUUUCAAAGAGCUUUUUCAACGAAUAAGACAAAUAACAGAAAUAAAAUUGAAAUAACGUUAAAUUUUCGUUUAUUGAUAAGCCCCACAGAUAAGCCCCCAUUAUAUCGGUCCACGUAACAAAAAUAUUAAGAGUCACCUCUGGAAAUUUUGGCACACGUUUAAAUUAAUUUCUACACAUUACGCCACGAUGUGAAAGAUAUUUAUCGAGGAUUUUAGAACAGAUUAAUUUUGUGGCGAGUGUAACCUCAUUCGAUAGAUGUAAGAUCGUAUUUAUAAUGAAUUUUAAUUAAAUUUUAUUAAGACCUAAUUUAUUAUAGACUUUUGAUUUAUAUUGUAAUCUGUUGUAAUGCCGUUAUUUAAUUUCCAAGUCGCUACAAUACGUCGCAAAUUUACGAUGUCACGUAAAUUUUAUUAACACUAAAUCAUUCGCGAAAAUAUUCAAGGAAAGUAACAUAAAAAAUCAAAUAUUACAUUACGAAUCGUAAAAUGAAAUGGGGAGAGUGUCUGUAUUAUCAUUUUUUGUUUUAUUAAAAAAAACUUAUAAAAGAAGUGAUAUUUUCUUAACUGAAGCUAAAAUGUC